AUGUUUGCGUGCAUGCUUAUUUUACUUAUAAGAAAGGAGAAUGGCGAUAAUGUAACAAGACUUGUAUCUUUUCUCUCUCCUUACUCAUGCUCUCAGUUAGCUCUAGCAAAUAUGGUAAUUGUUGAUACAUUUCAAAUAGACUCUAAGAAGGAUAUUAGAGGUGAUGGUCAAGGAGAUGCUGCUUCGAACAAGUUGCCAUCAGCAGUUGGUGGCGCUUCAGUGCCAGAUUUUGGCAUCUGGUCAUCUGCUGAUUCUACUCAUCAAACUGUUGGUGGAAGUCAAUUUAUGAUUCAGCAACAGGGCAUGCAAUUGAUACCUUCACAAUCGAUGGAAUGA